AUUAGUAAUUGGACUCUGGCAAGAGACACUCACCCGGAUGCUCAAACGGGCCAAGGAAGCUGAGAAAACGAGCUAUGGAAUUGUUGUGAACAGUUUCUAUGAGCUCGAAUCGGUUUAUGCAGAUUAUUACAGAAACGUGCUUGGGAUGAAAGCUUGGCAUAUUUGCCCUGUUUCUCUAUGCAAUAGAAACAAUGAAGAAAAAGCACUUAGAGGAAAAACAGCUUCUAUCAACGAGCACGAUUUCUUGAAGUGGCUUGAUUCAAAAGAACCUAAUUCGGUUGUUUAUGUGUGUUUUGGAAGCAUGGCUAAAUUCAAUGCCUCUCAGCUUAUGGAGAUUGCAAUGGGGCUUGAGGCUUCUGGGAAGGACUUCAUUUGGGUUGUGAGGAUCGGACAAGAUUAUGACGUGGAGAAAGAGGAUUGGCUGCCAGAAGGGUUUGAGGAUCGGAUGGAAGGGAAAGGACUAAUCAUGAGAGGGUGGGCCCCGCAGGUUCUGAUUCUUGAUCAUGGGGCAGUUGGCGGGUUUGUGACUCACUGUGGGUGGAACUGGACGUUGGAAGGGAUCGCUGCCGGGUUGCCGAUGGUGACGUGGCCGGUGUCGGCGGAGCAGUUUUACAACGAGAAGCUGGUGACCCAAGUGCUGAAAAUUGGUGCUGGUGUUGGUGCUCAGAAAUGGGUUAGGGUUGUGGGGGAUAGCGUGAAAAAGGAAGCUGUUGAGAAAGCUGUGAGGAGGAUUAUGGUGGGUGAGGAAGCACAGGAAAUGAGAAGCAGAGCUAGGGAACUUGCAGAGCAAGCAAAGAGGGCUAUUGAGAAAGGAGGAUCAUCACACUCUGAUUUAAAUGCUCUAAUUGAAGAGUUGAGUUCCCAGUAGUUGGAGUUGGAGCACACAUUCAGAUGGACUUCGCUUUCUGAAUAUUUCAGAUUCAUAAAA